AAAAAAAAAAAAAAAAAAAAAAAGACUUCGAGAACGCGUCGAGACCUGAACCGCUGCGGAACGAGAACCUGAAAAGACCCACCCACCGAACAACACUUCAAUGGUAAACUGGGUCCCGCCCCGUCGCCCCGUCCAGAUCGGAGAUAACCAAUACCCAAUACCGCGCGAUACGCUAGAUAUGUAGUUUACUGUAGUAUCCUAGAGAAAGAGAAGAAUAAAUAGAAAUGAUGUCCACCGCCGUCGCCUUUGCCCCUGGUGUCGCCGCAAAGUGUGGAAGUGCUCUCUUUUGCUUCCUUCGGUCCUCCGCUCUUUGGAUCGUCGUCCUUGUUGUCCUUGUGUUUGGUGGUUUGCGCCGACGGCUUUUCGUUGCCCGUCCUCCAUCCCCUCGGCCCGGUCGUCCCGCCUAUCGACCUCCACGGCGUCGAUCCCCUCCACCGACCGGUCCUCCCUCCGAGUCCUCCCCGACCGUUCAUCCUUCUCCUCCGGUCACCACCAACCCGGUCCUUAACCUCAGCCCCGGCUGACCGCACCCUUCUCCCCCGACGACGACCCCCGAACACGCGCAAAAAUGGCAGUCGGAACCCUCUCCCUCUUCUACCCCGUCAUCCUCCCGCUCUCGACCGCCGGCCUCCUCUAUGGCGUCCACCGGCUGAUGUACGUCGACUGGGCCGUCUGGGCCACCGAUUUCUUACAUAUUACCCGUCUCGUCUCCCCUGGUUGUUGGUUGGUUGGUGUCUGUCUAUAUGGUUUGUAGCUGGGAGUGGUGGUUGGAUGGG